AUGACUGAAGUAGCGGGGGUGACUGAAGUAGCGGGGGUAACUGAAGUGACUGAAGUAGCGGGGGUAACUGAAGUGACUGAAGUAGCGGGGGUAACUGAAGUGACUGAAGUAGUGGGGGUAAUUGAAGUGACUGAAGUAGCGGGGUUAACGGAAGUAGCGGAGUUAACGGAAGUAGCGAGGGUAACGGAAGCAGCGGGGGUAAUGGAAGCAGCGGGGGUAACGGAAGCAGCGGAGAUAACGGAAGCAGCGGAGAUAACGGAAGUAGUGGGGGUAACGGAGGUAGCAGAGGUGGUAGAGAUGGUAGAAACAUUCGACUUUUGGGAC